AGCCCCGCCCCCACUCUGUGCCGUCAAGACUACCCGCGGAAGUUGGUUUACGAAGACGCGAUCAAAUGUUGAUGAUUUGCGUGAAAUAGAGUGAAACACGUCGAGGCUCUGUUUUUAUUUCCCCUGGACGUUUUCUCGCAGCGGUGCAGGAGCAGCUGGACGAUCGACAUGUUGGAGUGUGGCAUGCUGGAGCGGGACAGACGGACUCUGCGGAGACGAUCUGCGGUUCUCUGCAGACAGCUGGUGGUGGAUGAGAUGCUCAUUCAGUUACUGCAGGCAGACGACAUCCUGACCGAGAGCAUGGCCGAGGGCAUCAUGGCUGAGCAAACUUCUGUGAAACGAAGCUGCCGUUUGCUACAACUUUUACCGAAGCGAGGACCCAGAGCCUUUAGCCAAUUCUGUGCAGCUCUGCGAGAAACUGAGCAGCAGCAUCUGUGCGAACUGCUCACACAAUCACCAGAAAAAGAUGGCAAAGAGACACACAUAGAGAGUAUUCAGCCUGGAGAAGAACCAGAGGGAAAGACAGAGCAGCUGGUUGUACAGUCAACAGAAAGGAAGAGAGAGAGGCUUUCAGACUCUUCUUUGCCACAUCCCACCCAGGAGGUUAAAAGAGCAAGGACACAUGAGUCCAUGGAGUUUAGUCUGGAUGCAGACAGUCCCAUCAACAUGCCUGUGCUCCCCUGCACUCCUGACUUUUACCUCUCUCAUUGCCAGCAGUCAUACAGAAUGUCUUCAUCCCCUCGUGGUUUCGCCUUGGUGAUCAGUAAUGUGACCUUUGACCCUUUUACUGCUGCUGAACUUGACACCAGGAAGGGAGGUGAAGUCGACGAUGAGGUCCUCAGGAAGGUCUUUACAGAGCUGGACUACCUGGUUACUGUCCACAGAGACCUCACUGCUCAGGACAUGAGGUUGUGCAUUAAGAAUUUCUGCCAACGACCAGACCACCGAACAGUGGACAGCUGCGUGGUGUGUCUGCUCUCCCAUGGAGUGGAGGGAGCUGUGUAUGGUACAGACGGACAGCUCCUGCAGCUGGACUGGAUGUUUGAGGCCUUUGAUAAUUCACACUGUCCACUGCUACAAAAUAAACCCAAGAUGUUCUUUGUCCAGGCCUGCAGAGGAGACGAGAUGGACUGUGGAGUGGAGCAGAUAGACGGACCAGGGAGGACCUGCUCACCGAGCUGUGAACAGCGAGACGCUGGGAGGGAAGGACAGGGGGACACAACCUCCAGACAAAGAGGAGACAUGGGGAGGCCCAGGAUUAAACUGCCACAGCGGUCUGAUAUGAUCUGCGGCUUCGCAUCUCUCAAAGGUCAGAGAAUUAGCACAGCAGCCAUGCGAAACACCAAGAGAGGAUCCUGGUUCAUCCAGGAACUAAACAAAACACUCCGGGAACAUGCCAGAGACACACACAUCGCUGACAUGCUGGUGCAGGUCAACGGGCGUAUCAAGGAGCGGGAGGGUUUCGCCCCGGGUACUCCCCACCACCGCUGCAAAGAGAUGUCGGAGUUCACCAGCUCUUUGUGCAAAGACCUCUUCCUGUUCCCCAAGUACCAGCCCUAGUAUCAAUCACAUGCACAUAUGCACAUACUGCGAUAAUCACACACAGACCAUUCCUAACCUGACAAUAACGGCACACAACUGUUUUCAUUCCAAUUGGUGACAGACACACACACACCCCGUUACAACCAAACAGGAUUUGUUCAUUCAUAUAUUUUUGUAAAUACUGCCUAUGCACACACACACACACACACACACACACACACACACACACACACAAAUGUUGGAAAGGAAUAAGGAGCACACGUUUAAUCUGUAUACAUUUGGAACUGAACAACAUAUUAGCAUAUAGCUUACUCGUUUAUCUGUGUCUGUACUCUAUGCCAGUUAGUGGGUUUAGAUUUUAAUCCUUUUAAUCAAAGACAAAUGUAUUUUUUGUUUUCCUACUGCACAGCUACAUCAGGUUUCUCAAGUCUCUCUUUUUUAACUGUAUUUUAUACACAGAUCUAUUUUUGUGGCUUUAUUUUGUAUGAAAUUGUUUUUAUAAGAAUCCCAUUAUGUUUCAUUUGUACACGUUUGUGAAAAGUUGUUGCCAAUUCCUGUUAUCAGUGUAGUGACAGACAGGGGGCAGCACAGCAGAGGGAAAUACAUUUCACCAUCUCUCGCUGAUCAAUAUUAUUUAUAUGUGCUUUACUGUUGUGCUUAUUUUAGCGACAGUCAGCUGCAGCGAUGAUAAAACUGUAAAGUCACGGCUGUUCAUGCUUUUUUUCUUACAUAGUUUGGCUUACAAGGCAGCUUCAGGGCAACAUCUCAGAGGGUUUCGAUCCCUUUGUUUGGAUGUUCAAUCAACUUUUUAAGCUCAUAUUUCAUGAAGGCACCCACUCCAAGUUCUCCUCAUAUCAUCUGUGUUACUGUGGAUCUGUCAGGGGAAUGUGGUGCUACUUGUGGGGUCUUACACCUACUGUAUGAACUCUGACCUUUAUGCUAGCUGACUCCUAAUGGUGUCCCCCUGUGCGACACCCCCCUCCCCCCACCACCACCACUAUAUUUUGGUGUUAUAGUACUUAAAAGAAACAUGUAUUAUGUCUUCCAUAAAAAAGAAGCAGUUUUCUAUUGCCACAUGUGCCAUGUGAGGAUACAUGUAUAAGACAAAUAUAUCACCAUGAUGGUGCUUUCACAGUAUAUUGUAUCACUGAGGCACCCCCGCACAGUGAGGAAAUCCAUUUUUGAGGCUGAGAGCAUCGAUGUUUCCCAGAAAAGACCUGACCAGGCAAAGUGUGUUUAGUUACAACAGUGUUGUAGAGAAGAAAACAGAAUAUAUGGUUCAACAGUAUUGAUCUGUAACUAUUUUAACUCUGUGAGGUAGAGUGUACCCUGGUCUGCAAUAUCCUCAUUUUUAUAAUUAGGAAUGCAAUGUAAAAAACAAAAACAUUGGAGUAGUAUAAAAGGGUAACCCUGCUGCAGAGUGAGAUGUUUUCUGAAGGUUAAUAUUUACUGCCAGGUUCUAAUGGCGUGUCAGUGUGGGGGGGCCAGGAGAAGUUUUUAUUUCUGUCAACAGCAGUGACUGCCAAAUGUCCUAUACAAUAAACAGGCCACGGCUUUUAAA